CUAAAAAACAAAGUUUAUAUUUGAAAAGUUCACUAAAAAAAAAAAAGAGUAAGUUAUGAUACAGUUUGGAGAGAAGAGAUGCAGAGGUCCAAAGCAGAGGCAGUCUCUCUGGUAGCUGACGUCUUCUCACUCACACAGCCUGUGAGACCCUUAACCUAAUAUACAGAUUCUGAAGCCGGACUGCCUGAGUUUGAAUUCUGGCUUUACUACUUACUGGCCAGGUAACCUUGGGCAAGUUACUUAAGCUCUUUGUGAACAGCAUCUCUUAAAAGUAGGAAUGAUAGCCCCUACUAUUUGUCAUGUUGCAAUAAGGAUUAAAUGAGUUAAUAUGUAUGAAGUGCUUAAAUGAGUGCUGGCACAUAGUAAGUUUUAUAUAAAUAAUUUGUAAACUAAAAAAAAAAAACUAUGGGGACGGCCCCAUGGCCAAGUGGUUAUCUUUGUGCACUCUGGUUCGGUGGCCCACGUUUUUGCUGGUUUAGAUCCUGGGCGUGGACAUGGCACCGCUCAUUAGGCCAUGCUGUGGUGGCAUCCCACAUGCCACAACUAGAAGGACCCACAACUAAAAACUAUACAACUAUGUACUGGGGGGGUUGGAGGGGGGGAAAGCAUUAAAAAAAAAAACUAUGAUGACUAAAAGUUCAUUUAGCAAUUAGCUGCAAUCAUACAAGGUAGGGAGAUUUGGAUUUGGUUCUUAUGAACCAGGAGUGGUUGCCAUAGAUAUGUCAGAACCUUGAUGGUCAUUGUUAGGACGUUGCCAUGUGCUUCAUAAGUGGGCAACUGAACUACGUAAAUCUGGAAGGUUAGAAAGCUCAAUCCACCUUCCUAUUACUUUACACAUCUUAAGUCUUUCACCCAAAAAGAACCAACUUCUAGUCAGAUAAUCACCCCAAGGAACCUGCUGCUGGAGUUGAGGAUAACCAGUCCCUCCCUCUACGGCACUUACAGACAAGGUUGGAUAGAACGAGCUGAAUCAUGUUCCGGCUACUGACCUCCUGCUGGUCUCGUCUAAAGACAACACAAGAGACACGAAGGAGUGUGACCAUCAUUAUGAUCGGACUAGACAACUCAGGCAAAACAGUUCUUUUGGAGGUCUUCCAAAGACUACUUCCCAGUAGGAUGGGCCAUUGCCUGAAAUCUGAGCUAACUACACUCCUGCUGGAUGAGUAUGAAGUUUCCAUCUAUGACCUGAACGGAGACAAGAAGGGACGAGAAAUCUGGCCAAACUACUAUGCACAGGCACACGGGCUUGUUUUUGUCCUGGAUUCCAGCGACUUAGAACGCAUGCAGGAAGUGAAGAUCAUCCUAACACGUCUGCUGUCUGACAAAAGAGUGGCAGGGAAACCCAUCCUGCUCAUGGCAAACAAACAAGACAAGAAGAACGCCCUCUUACCUUGUGAUAUUGUCGAAUAUCUACUCCUGGAAAGGCUAGUGAAUGAGAACAAGUCCCUGUGCCGAGUGGAACCCUGUUCAGCCAUCAAUAACCUCCAAAGAAGGAACCAUCAGUCCAUAAUUGAAGGGUUACGCUGGCUGUUAGCUGCUAUUGGGGAUAAACAUGAAGAGCUAUGUACUCGUCAACAGCCACUCACCUCGAGCCUUCCAACCUCCAAGAGUACCAGAGGCUCUGGUGCAAGAUGGCCAUCGGACAGCUUCACUACCAGGAUGGGAACAUCCAAAGCAAAAAGACAGCAUCUAGGACCAUGCUCCAUGGAAGCUAGGCCCCUAAAGCCAAUCCUCCACAAAGAAGAGUUAAGAUUAAGACCUAAAAAGAAUAUAUCGGUAACAUUUGCUUUAGACGAACCCACGAAGGAAGGUGAAUGUUCUGGAAGAAAUGGAGCUCGGAAUACAACUGAGCUUUACUACAAACCGGGUGAUGACUCCCAGCCCCCAGCUCCAUAUGUUGCUGACAAUCAUUUUGAAGAACCCAGGGCAAAAAGCAGAAUGGACUCCUGGGACGCAGAGGAGAUAUUGCUGGAGAGUUCCUGUGAAGAAGUCCUCAAAUCCUGUGAGUACUGAAGAGAAAAAUGGAGGGAAGUCAAAAGAAACAUCUGAUAUCCCUCCUUCAGUCAAUGGGCUCCUCUCCACAACCAUUAGGACUACUCAGUUUUUCACUUUCUGUUUGCUAACAUCUCUAUAGUUCCUCUACAGCUCCAUCUACUCUUAGCACCCCAUCCCUGAGAACCCCCAUUGUUCCAGUGUCUCAUUCUAGCCAUUAAAUGAAUCUUAUACCCACCGAGAGGCUGAAGGAAACUUAGGUGGCAUCCAUUUGAGAAUGAAGAUGACCUUAGCAAAGAAGAACAGAGAUUUUAUGUCUUUGCACCCAGAUGCUCCUGAUGAAGCCUGAGAACAACAUAUCGUGGGUGACCAACUGAAAUUCAGCCUUAGAAAUACAGGGUCAAUUUAGAAUUACAUCUUUCCCCUAAGGUUCCUGGAUGUAAAGGGACUAGCAGAAAUAAACAGAACUUUUCUGCUGAAAAUUGGGCUCUGCUCAAUCAUAUUCAGUCACGCUUCCAAAAACAACUUGGUUUUAAAUGUCCAGCCACUGCCUGUGAAGGCUGGCGACAAUUCCUUUGCUGUCCCUUGAGGAACAGCAGUUGCUGCCUCUCCUAGGUACACAAAAACUGUAUGAGCUUGAAUGCAAUUCCACCCUCCAACCCAGAGGGGUAGCAGCAGUGGUGGUAGUUAUUUAUUAUUGCUACGACUAUUACUUUCACCUUCAGUACCACAGCCACCAUUUAUUGAGUGCCUUCUGGGUGUCAGGCACAGCACUAAGUUCUUCACAUUCAUUAUCUUAUUCACAACAACCCUUGAGGGUAGGUAGUAUACCUGCCUGCAUUUUACAGACUCCAAAACUAAGGGGCAGAGAAGUUAAAUAACUUGUCCAAGGUCCCACAGCCUGUACGCAGCAGAGGAGGGAAUUGAAUCCAGACCUGACUGUCGAAGUACUUUGGGCCAGAAAGAUGUGCUUAUGCUUUUCCCAAACUCUAUCCAGAAAGAGAAAGCUACAUUCAGGAAAAAUGCUGCAGCUUAGCCACGCCCAUGUCAGGAGAAUUACAUGGAUGACAAUAAGCACACCAACAGUAGGAGCAGACAUGACCGACUGAGCACUUCCAUUUGGCCGGGUGCUGGACUAAGUGCUUUACAUACAUUAUUGCCUUUCAUCUUCACAAGCCUAUGAGGUCGGCUCUAUUAUCAUCAUCUUACAGAGGCAGAAACUAAUGUUCAGAGAGGUCAAAUCAUUUGUCUCAGGGCACCCACUAGGAAGUAGCAGAACUGGUUUUCAAACUAAGGUCCCACUCCAUAACUCAUGCUCUUAACUCCUACCCUAUACGGUCUCGCCAAGCACUAUAAACCAACUAACCCAUAAUUGUUUCUGGGGGAUAGAAACCUUGCACAGAAAGAUCAGUCUUACAAACCCAUCUGGAGGGUCUCACGCUGUCUAAGGCUGCAUUAUUUGCUAUUAUGCAUUGCCUAUGGCCUUAUCUCCAAGGGAACCACUCGAGGCAUCUUGUGAGUCUUUGACAGGAUUCUGACUGAGGCUCAGCUUCUGAGUCAUGGAGCUGGAAAAAACCUUACAGAGCCUCUAGUCCAACCCCAGUCGUUAAACAGAUGAAGAACUUGGGGUACAGACAGGUUAAGUGACUUGUCCAAGAUUGUAAAGCUGAUCGCUGACAGACAUGCUCCUCAAAUCCACAUCUCCUGUGUGCCUGGGCCAGUGCUCUAUCUUCUCUAUCCAAAAAUACUACAUCUUUUCUGGGUCGUCUUCUGGCCACCUUGACCCACCUACUUUCCUCCAAUUUGCCUGAUAAAUAUCACUGGAGAAUUCUGCUGACAAUCACUCUCACAUGGGGAUACAGCAAAUCUCUCUACUGAAGAAGAGUUUUAUCAGGCAGGAGAUUGUAAUUCAACCAACCAAGGUUCUUAAGAAAAUUGGAUCAUCCACAUUUCUCUUUAUGGCAUGUACGUUUAUGAGGCAGGCAGACUUUCUCAGCCAAGAGGGAAGGAGAAGUGUGGCUGAAAGGGGUGGGAGUGCCACCUAUGAAUGUGGGUAGGGUGGAGAAUUUAGGUUGAAACAACAAAACUGAAUUUCAGGAGUGGGCCCCGUGGCCGAGCGGUUAAGUUCACGUGCUCUGCUUCGGCAGCCCAGGAUUUCACAAGUUGAGAUCCUGGGC